AAAAUAACAAAUAGGAGGGCAAAAUCGUAAUUUGAUGAACGAAGGGCCCUUAUAAAUUUCAAUCAGGGUUUUGCAGCUCGAUUCUCGUUUGCAGGUGAAAUCGAAGUAGCGCCGCCCACACUUUUCCGUGCCUCGCAUCCCUCACGUUUACUGGAUCAGGAUGGAGUCUCAGGCGAAGCAUGCCGUGGUCGUUAAAGUUAUGGGUCGUACUGGAUCCAGAGGGCAGGUAACUCAGGUUAGAGUCAAGUUUUUGGAUGAUCACAACCGGUACAUCAUGAGGAAUGUGAAAGGACCAGUGAGAGAAGGAGAUAUUCUCACCCUUCUUGAGUCUGAAAGAGAAGCAAGGAGGUUGCGCUAGAGAGGGUUCUUCCUUGGGGCUUUUUGGUGCUUUGAAUAUCCUGAUAAAGACUGCUUUUUUGUGGUAGUGGAACCAAUCAUAAUUGUAGCUUUUCCGUCGUAAAAUGUCUUUCCUAUUAUGACUGCAGUUUUGAUGCCUUUUCUUUAAGCUUUAAUAUUGAAAUGAAACUUUCGAAUUUUGCUA